AUGUCAUCGAGUGAUAGUCAUUCAUUGACUUAUGAGUCAAUUGUCGAGUCGUUUGUCGUCCACCGAAAGUCGUUUCAAUGCGAUUACGAAAAAUGUGACAAAAGUUUCUCAACUCAAAGCCGAUUGAAUGCACACAAAGGCCACAGACAUGCCAUCGAUGGCCACAAAGAGGUCAUCACUCGGGAACCGAUCGCCAGCGGAUCAGAUGUUGUGAUUGCCAGUGGACAGCAGUCAACGUCCAGCCCUAUGACCGGUGCUUUCAGUCCUGACACUCGAUCGGUUGACAACAAACAUGAUUUGGGCUCCGAUGUCGAGGACGUGAUACUAACCCAUGAGUACAGCGCCGGUAAAGCACCGGACGGUACAAACUCUGCGCCAGUAGUCAGUGGUCAGCCAUUGCCGGACACCGACUCUGUUAUUAUGCAGUGUUUUAAUAAUAACGCAAACACUAGUCAAACACCAGCGCCCGGAGCUCUACCACAUGACCACGAAAUGGCUGCUCAUAACAGCCCCGACCGUCACUACUCGUCCACCGGUUGUGCCGACCCAACUGUGCUGUCGAAGAGCGCCCGCAGGCAUAUGAACCGCGCACUCCUCGACCGCACCAACGCUGCGGUCAGACACCGGAAUCUGCGGCACAAACCGUGCGAUUUGUGCGGCAAAAGGUUUCGCACCGACACCGGAGUGGAGACACAUAAACAGCGCUUUCACACCAACGGCGGGCCCACCGACUGUCCGCCGCCGGACACCAGCGGUGCCCCAAAUACUGAUUGCAUUCCCGUAGCGAGUGAUGCACAGCCGCCGCAACUGAUCCGUGGACCGGAUUUUGAUACCCAAAUCACUGGUAAUAAUGCAAACACUAUUCAGCCAUCCAUUUCCGGUGCGGAGCCGCCCCCGCACUCGUCUACUCCUGGGCCUAGCCUUCAGUCACCAUCACAUCAAACACCGUAUGGUUUUGCUCAACAGUUUGGUCAACAAUACACUGGUAUUGGCCAUCAAAUGGCUGAGUAUAACAGCCAGUGUUUUACUGUCGGUCCUUCUGGCCUACAGAGCGCUGACGUUUAUGUCCACCACUCGACUACCGGUGCCGCUGACCUAACACGCCAUCCAUUUCCUAACACCGGUUCUAAUAUUAGGCCGUACUUUAAUUAUACGACAAUUACUGAGCAAAUGACCACAUCAUCUAUAGCUGAAGUGCCGCCGCACCCGACCCCUGGACCCACUCAACAGUUAGCGCCGUAUCAUAACCCAUACACCGGCCCUAUUGGCCAACAAUCUACUCAAUACUACACUCAAUAUGACCACCAAAUCAACGCUCAAACCAAUGGCGAGUUUACUGUCUGCCCAACGGCCGGCUCUACGGUUCAGUUGACUGGUAACCAAUGGCCAACAGUUGAGAUGAUUGGUGGUCAACACCCGAAACCUAACGGCAAUCUUCGGCACUUAAGUCGGCGAAUGAGGGCUAAAUUAAAGCGGGCUAUCAGUGAGUGUCCGGAAUUGGCGGCGACUGUCCCUCACGUGAAGUGCGAUUUGUGCGGCAAAUGGUUUAUCACACAAAUGGACGUCGAGGACCAUAAGCUGGCCGUUCACCCGAACCCCUCCAACUGA